UACUACUACUACUACUACUACUACUGUUGCUACUACUACUGCUGCUGCUACUACUACUGCCACUGUUACUGUCCCAUCGGAUCAUCAUUUGCUACAGCAACAAAUAAUUUCAAACAAUAGUAAUCAUCUAGUACAGUCACAAACUCAACCUCAGCCUCAUUCUCAGCCACAAUUACUGCAACAAUCAACUCCUCCUUCACAGGAAACAGCACCUCAUGUAGUCUUAUCGCACAUGACUAACAAUAAUACCUCUACAUCUACUAUAGGUUCAUCUGCAAGCCCAAUACAUCAAAUAAAAAUAGAAACAAUUCCACUCCAUAAUGCGAUUGUACAGCAGCAACAUCAACAAAAGCAUCAUCAAGAAACAUCUUUUGUAAAUGAAAACUAUGGUACCAAAAGAGAUGCUCCUGAUAAUACAAAUUCAGUUACUUUAACAAGAAAGAAAAGUCGAAGACAUACCGUUUCGACCUCUCAUCGGCCUCCACUUAAUAUUGAUACAAAAAAUUUAGCAAACAUCAUCACAACUACUCCACGAUCCGCUGUAGUCGUUAGUCAACAAGAACCAUAUCAGCAGCAAUUACAACAGCACUAUUUUGUUAAUCAUGAUCUGAAUAUGAAUAGUGGUGGUGUCGUUCAAGAUCGAAAGGUGAGAAUUGAAUCUCAAAAGCAGGCUUUAGGUACAAUCGCAAUACCACCUCCACCUACCCCACAAGAACUAGGAUUAAAAAUAACAACAACAACAGCAGCAACAUCAACAUCAACAUCAACAUCAACAGAAACCCCUACUGCCUUUGGUACCCAUGCAAAAGAUUAUGAGCACAUGUCAAGAGAACAACUCAUUGCACGACUCAUUGUACUUGAAACUGAAAAAGUAAAUAACAAUAUCGAAAUGAAUCCACAAACAGAAAAGUUAAGCACAAAGUCUACAGAAGAAGAAGAUGACGAUGAUGAUCAUAUCAGUCCAAAUACACCUAUUGAUCAUCAACAAAAGCCGACUAAUCAAGUAAACACAACACAAUCUUCUUCUUCUUCUUUUCAAAUCGUAAUUGAUGAAGAUAAAUCAACUGUAGAUGAAGAAGAUGAAGAUGAAGAAAUGGCAGAUGAUAGCAACAAUACAACCACACCUAUUACAGAAGCAACAUCCGCCGCAAAAGCAGCUGCGCUGUAUGGGGAUGAUAUUACAGCUAAUGUAAUACAAAUGCAAUGUAAAUGGAAAAAUUGUGGUAAAAUAUUUGAAGGUUUACAAAACUUGAUUAGUCAUAUUAGUGAUUCACAUGUUGGUAGUGGAAAGCCUACUUAUUGUUGUGAAUGGGAAGGCUGUGUAAGGAAUCAGAAGCCCUUUACAAAGCGUCAUAAAAUGUAUAAUCAUCUUCGUACACAUACAGGUGAAAGACCCUUUGUAUGUGAUAAACCUGGAUGUGGUAAACGAUUUUCACGCCCAGAUUCAUUAACAACUCAUAUUAAGACUCAUUCGAAUGUUCGUCCUUAUGUCUGUAUGUCAAAGGGAUGUGGUAAAGCGUAUUACCAUUCUAGAUCAUUGAAGAAGCAUGAAAAGACUCAUGAGAAUCCUAAUACUCCUUCUACUAUCAUAUCUACGCCCAAUAGCGUCAUUCAGUAUCCAAAUAAUGGACCGACAACUAUCGCAACAACCUUUAGUGCGCCACUUUUAAAUAAUAUACAACAACAAAUGGUUCAGAUGGACUAUUUAAACAGUCAACUGCAUCACACUUCUAUUUCACUACAUACGCAAUCAUUACCAAACUCUCCACACCCUCAUAAUGGUCAUCCUCCUCCUCCUCCUCUUCCUCCUCCUAAUUUUUCAUUAUAAAAAAAAAAUCCAUAUCAUUCAUUGCUUAUUUUCUAUUCUAUUCC